AUGCCGGGUCAAACGAAUGGAUCUUUCUCAGGCCCUGUGCCGCUCUGGAUCGAUGGAAAGGAAGCGACGACCAGCACGACUUUCGAUGUCGAGAGCCCGAAUGACAGCAAGAAGCUAUGGAGCUCAUCAUCAGCUUCGGUCAAGGAAGCUGCACAAGCAUGCGAAGCUGCACAAAAAGCUUCAAAGUCAUGGCGCAAGACCAAAGGCGGCGAUAUCCAGAAGAUCCUGCUCAAGGCUGCCGAUAUCAUGGAAGCGCGGAGUGAGGAGCUCGCAUCGUACAUGAAAGAGGAAACUGGAGCUCUCGAGGGCUUUUGCCAGUUCAACCUCGUGACAACAGUCGAUUACAUCCGCUCUGUAGCUGGUCUUGCUUCGUCUGUCAAUGGAGUCAUCCCUCAGACGAAGACACCUGGCCAAGCAGCUUUUCUAUUCAAGGAGCCUUACGGCGUGAUCUUGGGCAUAGCACCAUGGAACGCACCAUACAUUCUCGGCACGCGAGCGUUCUUGUUCGCCAUCGCAGCAGGCAACACCGCCGUCUUCAAAGGCUCCGAAUUGAGUCCUCGUACAUUCUGGGCCAUUGGCUCCGUCUUCAAAGAAGCCGGUCUUCCCGAUGGAGUCCUCAACAUCAUCUACCACCGCCCUCAAGACGCUGUCGACGUAACAAAUGCCCUCAUCGAAAACCCAUCAAUCAAAAAAGUCAACUUCACUGGCUCCACCGCAGUCGGCAGCAUCAUCGCCUCCAAAGCCGGCAAAGAACUCAAACCCGUCCUCAUGGAACUCGGCGGCAAAGCAAGCGCCUACGUCGCCCAAGAUGCCAACAUCGACAACGCAGCCAUGCAAGUCGCCCUCGGCUCUUUCCUCCACGCCGGUCAAGUCUGCAUGGCUACCGAGCGUGUCCUCGUCCAUCGCAGUAUUCUCGACAAAUUCGGCGAAGCACUCAAAGCCGCCACAGAAAAAGUCUACGCCCCAACUGCGGACGCUCCAGUCCUAAUCGCCAAACCCGGCGUUCAGAAGAACAUUAAGCUGAGAGAAGACGCCGUCUCCAAAGGCGCAAAAGUCCUCUACGGCGAUGUCUCUGCGAAAGAAGAUUCCGCAUAUCGUGUUCGCCCCCUCAUCGUCUCCGACGUAACAAAAGACAUGGAUAUUUUCUAUACCGAAUCGUUCGGUCCCACCUUAUCUCUCAUCGCCGUCGACUCUGACGAGGAAGCAAUUGAUAUCGCAAACGAUACUGAAUAUGGUCUCUCUGGCGCGAUCUUCACAGAAAGUCUGGGACGAGGACUCAAAAUUGCCAAGGAGAUUGAUUCGGGAGCGAUUCAUAUUAAUUCGAUGAGUAUUCAUGACGAGGCGAAUUUGCCGCAUGGUGGUGUGAAGAAGAGUGGUUGGGGGAGAUUCAAUGCGCAGUGGGGUCUGGAGGAGUUUGUGAAGAUUAAGACUAUUACUUAUAUGGAGUCGUGA